AUGAUAAACACAGGAAGAAGCAGGAAUUCAGUACUGCUGGCACACAGAUUCCUUUCAACUGGAGGAUUUUGGCGAGGCGGUACGAAUGGCACAAUGUCUCGCACAAUCAACAACGUAAAUCCUUUCAAAUUAAAAUUCAUACCGAAGACAGUGCCCGCAGCUGCAGACUCUGUCUCUCCAGAUAGUCAACGUCCAGGUAAGAAGCCCUUCAAAUUCAUAGUUUCCAAUCAGAGCAAGAGUAGCAAGGCUUCUAAAAGCCCGAAGUGGUCGAGCUACGCAUUCCCUUCGCGUGAGACCAUCAAAUCUCAUGAGGAGGCCAUCAAGAAGCAGAAUAAAGCUAUAGACGAGCAAAUAGCUGCUGCAGUAUCCAAGAAUGACUGCUCUUGCACAGAACCUCCCAAGAAAAGAAAGAGGAAAUUGAGACCAAGAAAGGCGCUGAUCACCCUGAGUCCGAAGGCAAUCAAGCAUUUAAGGGCACUGCUAGCUCAGCCGGAACCUAAAUUGAUUAGAGUUAGCGCUAGAAACCGUGGAUGUUCAGGACUAACGUACGAUCUACAAUAUAUCACCGAGCCGGGGAAAUUCGAUGAGGUAGUAGAACAAGAUGGCGUUAAAAUUGUCAUCGAUUCAAAGGCGUUAUUCAGCAUCAUUGGAAGUGAAAUGGACUGGAUCGACGACAAGUUGGCCUCUAAGUUUGUCUUCAAGAAUCCAAACUCCAAGGGCACAUGCGGUUGUGGCGAGAGUUUCAUGGUUUAA